AUGAACUGUACCGAACCGGAGUCUCGGCCGGUCCUCGGGCCGGCCGGAAACAAGCAGGCGUCGAAGCCGCUGAGGAAAGUAGAGAAGCCACCGGAAGUGGAUGAGACUAAGGGGAAGAAGGCUCCGUCCUCGCCGGUGGUUAACACGACGCCGUCGCCGCCGCAGCGUUUUAGUGUGCCGUCGAUUUUGAGGCAGCAGGAUCAGAGGUUGCUGAAGUCGAAUUGGUCUCUUAACGCUUCAUGCUCGUCCGACGCGUCGUCGGAUUCGUCGCACAGUCGGGCGUCGACUGGGAGGCUCAGUAGAAGGAGUGUCACUCCGAGGCCGAUUCGGAGGAAGCAAUGUGGUUCGAAGACGGGGAAAGUUGAGAAGGUUGUUGCGGAUGCGGACACUGGAUCGGCAGCUUCAGGUGAUACUUCCCCGACCAAGAAAAGGUGUGCUUGGGUUACGCCAAACACAGGUAUGUUUACAGUUUCUUUUAUUGAGCUUAAUGAUGAUCGUGCUAUUGUUCUCAACUACAAUGGCUGCUUUUCCUUUUAUCUGCCUCCAUACAAGAAUGCGUGGACUUUUCUAAUUGAGCAGACCUCUCAGAUCGAGAAUCGUUCAGUAAAACUAGGUAUUAGUGCAUACCAAGUGAAGUACUUUGGAAGUAUAGGUUAA